AUGAACAUUCCUGGGACACAGGAUAUAGACACAGAAGAUGGUGAGAAGAUGAGUAUCUAUGUCAAUGUAGAAGAAAUAAACAAUUAUGAUGUCUGUAGAGGAACAGAGGACAUCACCAAGACAAAACAAACAUCUCAACAAACAGGAGGUGAGCGUGUGAGGAAGAGAAGUUACAGAUCAGUUGCAGUGUGUUUGGUGCUGCUGUUUGUUCUUCUACUAACUGCAGUCAUAGUGCUGUGUGUCCGCAUCAAUACAAACAAUCAACAGUUUAACAUCAAGACCAAAAACAUCACUGAAGAGAGAGACCAGCUACUAACCAAAUAUACCAACAUCACAGAAGAGAGAGACCAGCUACUAACCAAAUAUACCAACAUCACAGAAGACAGAGACCAGCUACUAACCAAAUAUACCAUUACAGAUGGAUGGAAGGUAUAUCAAUCUAGUUUGUACUUCAUUUCAUCUGAGAAGAAGAACUGGACUGAGAGCAGAAGUUACUGUAUAGAGAGAGGAGCAGAUCUGAUCAUCAUUAACAACAAAGAGGAACAAGAUUUUAUCCGAAACAAUUCUGGUAUGGAACUACUCUGGCUCGGUCUGACUUACAGUAGUGUUGAGGGCAAAUGGAAAUGGGUGGAUGGCAGCACAAUGAACUCUAGGUGA